AUGAGGAGGGUACUUAUACCAACUGUCCAAGAUACUCAUGAUUUGAAGCUAUGGAAAAAGCAUCAUGUCAUCAAGUCAAAAGAUCCACAGCGUUUGUUUCGAUUUCCCAGAGAGCACCUGGAAGACCUGUGUCUAAGGCUGCAAGAGGAAAACAGUGUUCUAAGACAACACACAUGUACACAGGAGCAAAGGCUACGCAGAAUGUCAGCAAGACUGAUGCGUCUUCAGCAGGCACGUCCUGGGUCCAGUGGUGUGAAGGAGAGGGACAAGGAGGACACCAUACAGGAGCUGGAAGCCCAUGUGGCUAUGCUGGAGAGCCAGAAAGGAGUCUUACAGAACAAACUGAGCAUGGCCAGGCAGCACAUCAUGGACCUCCGGGGACGGACACCAUAUAAGUUCAGUAAAGGUAAAAAUAGAGAAAUGGAUGGGGAAGUCAGGAGAGCACCCCAGACUGCUCCACCUCGCUAUGGCCCGAUGUUAGAAGACACCAGAGUGGAAAUGGAGAGAUUCAGGUCCAGUGUGGCUGAGCAAGUCAGGGUUGCAGAGCUGGAGCUGACCGCCCAGGCGCUUCGAGAUACGCUGAGAGAGAAAGAAAAAGAGAUUGAGGAAACUGUGAAAGAUACAAGGAAGCAACAGAUAGAAAGACACAGAAUUACUAUUAGAGAGGACGUUGAUCUGAUCCGUCUACAAAAGAAGCUUUCUGACAAGAGUACAGCCCUGAGGGUCACAGAAGAGAAGUUAAACGAACUGCAAGAGGCAUAUGAAAAUCAGCUUGAGGAGAGUCAGAGGUCAUUGAGGGCCAGUCAGGAAGCUCUGUUGGAGAAAGUGGAGGAACUCGCUGAGCAGCUGAAGCAGGCGAGACAGAGAGCACUGGAAUUGGAGGGAGAACUUACCACCUCCACCUUGUCUUUACAAACUAUGGACAAGCUUAAAGAGAGGUUAUCAGACCUGGAGGGAGAGAAGGAUCUAAUAAAAGAAAACUAUGACACUCUACUGAAGAGAACUUUAGCUGAUCAAAGAAACCAGGGUGACCAGUUGGAAAAAUGUAGUGAAGAUGACCAGAAGAGGGUGACAGAGGGAGAACAAUUAAGCAGCAUUAACAUUCAGAGACUUGAGGAGAUUCUGCAAGCUGAGAGGGAAGAAAGAGUCAAGCUGAGGCUGGAAAAGGACAAUCUGAGACGGGAGAAGGAGAGACUAGAAGAGCAGAGGGAGCUAGAAAAAGAGUUUUCUGUGAUGGUGAAAGAGAAAAGUGAACAUCUAGAACAAGAGGUUCUCCACUACAAAGAGCAGAUUUAUGCUCUGCAAAAUAGACUAGACUCUGUCACCAAGGAGUUUGACAUGAGUGUGGAGGAGCUUAGCAGUAUUCUUUUGCAGAUCAAGGCAUUUAGGAUGCAGCAGGAGAGCAGAGCGGAGCUUGGUUUUCUCUUGACUGGUCACAAGGUAGAAGAUUCCCUCCAUGAUGUGGCAAUUACUCAGGCCUCCCAUGCUGAGACUGUCCUGGAAUUACAAAAAACUAGAAACCUUCUGCUGAUGGAGCACCGUAUCAGCGAAGAUCUACAGGAGGAGUUGACCUCAGUUAACCAGAAAAUGGAGACAGUGCGGGAAGAGAGCAGGAGGAGGAUGGCAGAAAAAGACAAACUUUUAGGAAAACAAUUGCUUCAGAUCAGCAGUUUACAAACUCAGAUGAGAGACUUUGCUUACAGCCCCAAACAGACCAUGCCAACACAGUACUCCUGGCCAACUGGAGACCCAGAGGUGCUGCAGUCACGUGAAGACAUUUCUUUUUCUCAGUUAAGGGCCGGAGAGUCACUGUUGGAGAUCCAUCUGAAGGCAGCAACUUUCACCCCAUCUGGGCUUCGUACGAUGGGAAGAAUCCAUCAAGGAGAGAUGAACGGAGGAGGAGACAUUGUGACCUUUUGCACCUACAGCCUCUUAGACUAUGAGAUGCACUCCACUCCUCUGGUUUCAGGCUGCCAACCAAGCUACAGCUUCACGUCCCGCUAUGCUCUGACGGACCGAGAUGUGGGCAGGCUGGAAGAUUCAAGGGUCAGAGUAGAGCUUCACCAGGCGUUAGGGGGGGUCAGUUUUCUGACACAUGGAAGUGGGCAGUUGUCUCUAAUGGGCACCAAGGAAAGGAGAGGAGAGCGUAUGUGUAGAUCUGUCAACAUUACAGGUUCUGAGGGGGACAUUGUUGGCGUUGUGGAUUUCUGGGUAUGCCUGUUCAAUUCUGCUGAACCCCUCAACCCUUUGAGGGAGAGAGGAGCCGUGCAGAGACCUGUUCAGAUCUCUCUUGGCUGGCAAGGUGCUGCUUACGAGGAGUUAUAUGACUAUGGUGGUGGGAUCCCCAAUGAGUUGGAGAUUAUGUUGGAACGUUGUGUUGGCCUUAGUGCUCGCUGGACAGGACUUCUUCCUGAUUCCUACCUGACCUACAGGUUCUACGACUUGCCGCCUCAUGUCUCGCAAACAAUUAGGUGCACCUCUGAACCGGUGUUCAAUGACAUUGCUAGCUACCCACUAGCAGUUACAACUGAUGUGUUGCACUACCUGAGGUCCAGCAGUUUGUGGGUUUACGUGUUUGAUGACACUGAAGACGAGAUGCCACCGUCCUAUCUUGCCAAGACCCCGAUCCCAUUGCGAAUCCUUGCUUCAGGCCGAGACAUCAGAGGUGACUUUGUCCUGAGAGAUCCAGCUGGAGGACCACGGGGCAUGGUCAGAAUCAUGAUAAGAUGGAAGUACCCCAUACAACCAUCUUUGGACGCUGUGCUGGGUAGACAAGAAAGAGAGGACACGUCACAGAGGCCCAUAGCCAAGCCUAGACCUCAUUUCCUCGGGCCAAUUAAAACAAAAGCAGCGCAGGAAGAGACUCAAGCUUUGCCUCAACCACCACUGGUCCAACAGAAAAGCUCAGAGUAUAGAAGACGAGAGUCUGUGAUUCCAACAGCAAGUGGCCAGUCCAGGUACAAGAAAAGAUCCACCAAGACAUCACCAAAUAUUUACCAGGGAAUACCCAAUCUGAAACCAGGAAGGAAGUCUUCAGAGGGAACUUCUUCCUCAAUGUCAAGGAGAAGCUCUACAAACGAUGCCAGGGCUCAGGAUCAUUUGUCACUUGAUGAAGAAGAGGAGGAAAAGGAGCAGAGGGAGAGCGUAGCUGCAGAAGAAAGUGACAUCCCAGAGUCUCCUGAGACAAGUUCCUCACAAAGUGACAUCAUCACUACAGCAAAGCCAAAAAUGAAGAAGGGAGAAAGUCUGAGAGUUGAGAUUCUGUCCCUGAUGUUUGAGCCCUCCUCACUUGUGGUGCUGGACAAGUCGGUGCAGCGAGUUUAUGUAGAAUAUCGGCUGCUUGGCAUCCCAAUGGAGACAACUGAGACACCGAUGUCCCUCUGCAAACCAUUAGACGGAAAGGAGAUUCACUACAAUUUUACAAGAGUGAUUUAUGUAGAUGGUUCCGGGUCAGCUCCACUCAGACAAUAUCUCUACACCAUGUUGGAGCGUACUGACCCCAACCAGGGCAGGUUAAAGUUUACAGUAGUCAAUGAGCCGAUGGACGAUGACCAGGAGUGUGUGGAUGUUGGACACGCUUUUCUGGAUUUACCGGAACUGCUCCUGACAGGAAAUGAUGUCAUCAACCAACAAAUAGACAUUGUGGGUGUAGAUGAAGAAAAGGAGGUGAUUGGAAAUCUAAAAGUAUCUCUGGAAGCAGCGAAAGCUCUAACUGGAAUAUACAAGGAGUUUAGUAAGAUCAAAAAAGAAGAUGGGACAAAUGAUGAAGAAAGUGAGGAGCAGAAAAGAGAAGAGGAACAAGAGGAAGAGAAGAAAAGGCACCAGAUCCAAGUGAUGGAUUUUGAUUAUGAUAGUGAAUUCUACUGAAGGCUCUAUCAGGAUCUAUCUUAGUACACGUACACAUCACUUGAUUCUCUAUCAAACUGAUAGAGAACUUAGCGGAUAUACAUUCAAAAUUGAAAAGCCUUUUUCUGCUAAAGAACGGGUUUUGAAGGAAUGAUUUCACAUUAGCACUGUGUCCCAUACAUGAAACUCUCUAACCCAAAACUCAAAUUCAAGAACUUGAAGUGAUUCUAAUUCCCCAGAGGACAUGGGACAAACUGAAAAUAUGUUUGUUCAAAGAAAAAACUCACAAACAUUUUUGCAACUGCGUUUAAAAAAUAACAUAAAAUAAAUGUUUGCAUUGCAGUGUUGCAUGAUGAUAUGAGUUAUCAUCACAGAAAAC